AUGGAUAACAAAAAAAACCCAACUUUUUCUCAGAUCCCUCCAAGGGUCAUUUCUAUUUCUCCUUCAACUAGUCCUCCUCAGGUUCCUCCUGAUGCAACCCAAUCUCCUUGGGGGUUGAACGUUAACCAGGCUGCGGCUGCUUUUAAAACAAGUCUUUCUAAUGGUCUUACCCCUGAUGAAGCCAAAGCCCGUCUUACUGAACACGGACUUAAUCAGCUUGAUCAAGGUGAAGGUAUUUCUCUUGUUAAAGUAUUGGUUAGUCAGGUUUGUAAUGCUAUGAUUCUUGUUCUUAUCAUCUCAAUGGCUAUUUCUUUUGGUAUCAGAGAUUGGAUUGCUGGUGGUGUCAUUGGCGGUGUUAUCGGAAUUAAUGUUGUUGUUGGUUUCAUUCAAGAGUACAAUGCUGAAAAAACAAUGGACUCUCUUCGUUCUCUUUCGUCUCCUACUGCCAGAGUCAUUCGUAACGGCUCCGAUGAAACAAUUCCUUCGAUUGAAGUUGUUCCUGGUGACUUGGUUGUUGUUAAAGUUGGUGACACUAUCCCUGCAGACCUUAGAAUUGUUGACUCUAUGAAUUUUGAGACUGACGAGGCUCUUCUUACUGGUGAGUCUCUUCCUGUCGUCAAGGACCCCACUGAAGUAUUCCCCUUGGAUUGCGGUGUAGGCGAUCGCAUCAAUAUGGCUUAUUCUUCUUCAAUUGUCACAAAGGGUCGUGCCACUGGUAUCUGCACUAGCACUGGUAUGUUUACAGAAAUUGGUGUCAUUGCAAUGUCUCUACGCUCCCAAAACAAGGGAUUCCGUCCUGUCAAGCGCGAUGAGUUUGGCAAGGCUCGCAAACGUGACUAUCUUGGUGCUUUUAUGGGAACCAUCAAAGACGCCAUUGGAACAUUUCUUGGUGUUAAUGUUGGAACCCCAUUGCACAGAAAGCUUGCUCAGUUGGCUAUUUUCCUUUUUGGUGUUGCCGUAAUUUUUGCAAUUGUCGUCAUGGCUGCCCAAAAAUUUAAAGUUAACAGAGAUGUCGGCGUUUAUGCUAUUGCUGUUGCAUUGUCUAUGAUUCCUGGUUCCCUUGUUGUUGUACUCACAAUUACCAUGGCAGUGGGAACUAAGGUUAUGGUUAAGCGUAACGUUAUUGUUCGUAAACUUGACUCCUUGGAAGCACUAGGUGCUGUUAAUGAUAUUUGCUCAGAUAAGACUGGCACUCUCACUCAAGGAAAAAUGGUGGGUAGAAAAGUUUGGAUUCCUACUGUUGGUACUUAUCAAGUCAUCAACUCUACUGAAGCUUUUAACCCCACUGUUGGUCAAGUUACCUUUUCUUCAGGUACUCCCUUUGAAGACUCUAAUGAAGAUGAUGUCCACCAAGAUUGCCCCCAGCCUUUACCCCAUCGUUUUACCGAAUGGCUCGAUGUUGCUUCUCUUGCUAAUAUUGCAAAAGUUCAUUGCGAAACUGAUGAUUCUGGAAAUUCUACAUGGAAGGCUAAUGGCGACCCUACAGAAAUUGCAAUCCAGGUUUUUACGCACCGCAUGGACUGGCAGAGACCUAAGUGGACCGAGGGUGAAUCUCCCAAGUUUACUCACCUUGCUGAAUAUCCCUUUGAUUCUUCCAUCAAGCGUAUGACUGCUGUUUACAAGGAAAAUGCUACUGGUAUCAUUCACAUCUUUACCAAAGGUGCAGUUGAGCGUGUUCUUGGUUGCUGCUCUACAUGGUAUGGUGGCUCUAAUCCUGAUGCUAACGGUGUUUCUUCUCUUACUGAAGAAGAUACCCAAUUGAUUCUCAAAAAUAUGGAUGCCCUUGCAAAGCAGGGUUUGAGGGUUCUGUCAUUUUCGCGAAAAGUUUACAAUGGUCCUGACAACACCAAUUGGAAAGAAGUUAACCGCGACGAUAUCGAAAAAGAUCAUUGCUUCUUAGGACUAAUUGGUAUUUAUGACCCCCCUCGUCUCGAAUCCGCUGGUGCUGUUAAAAUGUGCCACCGCGCUGGAAUUAAUGUCCACAUGCUUACUGGUGAUCACCCAGGUACUGCAAAGUCAAUUGCUCAAGAAGUUGGAAUUUUACCGCACAAUCUUUAUCACUAUCCUGAAAACGUUGUCAAGGUUAUGGUUAUGACUGCACAACAGUUUGAUUCUCUUUCUGAUGAAGAAAUUGAUGCUCUUCCCGUUUUGCCACUGGUAAUUGCUCGUUGCGCUCCUCAGACUAAGGUUCGCAUGAUUGACGCUCUCCACCGCCGUAAGGCCUUUUGUGCCAUGACCGGUGAUGGUGUCAAUGACUCACCUUCUCUUAAGCGUGCCGACGUUGGUAUUGCAAUGGGUAUUUCAGGCUCGGAUGUUGCUAAAGAUGCUUCUGAUAUUGUUUUGUCUGAUGAUAACUUUGCGUCUAUUCUUAAUGCGGUUGAAGAGGGUCGUCGCAUGGCUGCUAAUAUUCAAAAGUUUGUUUUACAUUUACUUGCUGGUAAUGUUUCACAGGCAUUGUUUUUACUGAUUGGACUUGCAUUUCAAGAUGAUGAUGGGUAUUCAGUUUUCCCAUUAUCUCCAGUUGAGGUUUUGUGGGUUAUUAUGAUAACAUCAUCAUUCCCAGCGAUGGGGCUUGGUAUUGAAGCAGCUGCGCCUGAUAUUAUGGACCGACCUCCUGUAAACUCUAAGGCUGGAAUUUUUACUUGGGAAGUGAUUAUUGAUAUGAUUUGCUACGGAAUUUUGAUUUCAAUUGCUUGCAUUUUUUCGUUUGUUGUUGUUGUUUAUGGUGAUGGAAACGGCCAAUUGGGGAGUAACUGCAAUAAUAAGUACACUGAAUCCUGCUUGUAUGUUUUCCGUGGUCGUUCUACUUCUUUUUUGACAAUGACUUGGUGUCUUCUUCUUUUGGCUUGGGAAGUGAUUGAUUUGCGUCGUUCUGUUUUCGCUAUGCAUCCUGAUUCUGAGACUCCAUAUACACAAGUGUUUAACGACCUUUGGAGAAACCAGUUUUUGUUUUGGUCUGUAAUUCUGGGCUUUGUCACUGCUCCACCUUUGCUUUACAUUCCUGUUAUUAACAAGAUUGUCUUCAAGCAUGGUCCGAUUGGGUGGGAAUGGGGUGUCGCUAUUGCUGCGCUCUUUAUCUUUUUUGCUGGCUCUGAACUCUACAAAUGGUUUAAGCGAAUUUAUUACCGUCAUCAUUCUGAAGUCGUCCACAAUCCUGAAGAUGAUUUGGAAAGUUCUCCAUUUUCCAAGUAUUCGUCAAUUUCUAUUGAUAAUACACAAGAAAAGCUGAUUAUUGGAACCAUGAAGUAG